AUACCAGCAGAAGAAACAACAACCAUAUCCACAACAACAGAAUCUGCUACAACUGCGGCUGAUGACACCUGUAGAAACAACAGCCACUGCCACAACAGAAUCUGCAACCACUGCACUUACGACACCUUCCGAUUCAACAACCAUUGCCACAACAGAAUCUGUAACGUUAGUGACCACACUUGCAGAAACAACAACAGUUUCGACAGCAAUAACAGAAUCUGCAACAAAUGCAGUGAGAACAUCAGUUGAAACAACAGCCAUUUCCACAACAACUGAAUCUAUAACAACGGCAGUCACAACAGCAGUGACAACACCAGCAGAAAAAACAACAACCGUAUCCACAACAGAAUCUCCAACAACUGCAGUGACGACACCUUCAGAUUCAACAACCAUUGCCAUAACAACAGAAUCUGCAACGACGGCAGGGAUGACACCGGGAGAAACAACAGCCAUUGCCAUAACAGCAGAAUCUCCAACAACUGCGGUAACAACAGAAGUGACAACACCAGCAGAAGAAACAACAACCACAUCCACAACAACAGAAUCUGCUACAACUGCGGUGAUGACACCUGUAGAAACAACAGCCACUGCCACAACAGACUCUGCAACCACUGCACUUACGACACCUUCCGAUUCAACAACCAUUGCCACAACAGAAUCUGUAACAACGGUAGUGACCACAACUUCAGAAACACCAGUUUCGACAGCAAUAACAGAAUCUGCAACAAAUGCAGUGAGAACACCAGUUGAAACAACAGCCAUGGCGGUAACAACAGGAGUGACGACACCAGCAGAUUCAACAACCAUUGCCCCAACAACAGAAUCUGCUACAACUGCGUUGACGACACGAGAAGAAACAACAGCCUUUGCCACAACAACAGAAUCUGAAACAACUGCAGUAACAACACCUUCAGAAACAACAAACCAUGCCACAACAACAGAAUCUGCACCAACUGCAAUGACGACACCAGUUGAAACAACAGCCAUUGCAACAACGACAGAAUCUGCAACCACUGCACUUACGACACCUUCCGAUUCAACAACCAUUGCCACAACAGUAGUGACUACACCUUGCAGAAACAACAGCCACUGCCACAACAGAAUCUGCAACCACUGCACUUACGACACCUUCCGAUUCAACAACCAUUGCCACAACAGUAGUGACUACACCUGCAGAAACAACAACAGUUUCGACAGCAAUAACAGAAUCUGCAACAAAUGCAGUGAGAACAUCAGUUGAAACAACAGCCAUUGCCACAACAACUGAAUCUAUAACAACGGCGGUAACAACAGGAGUGACGACACCAGCAGUUUCAACAACCAUUGCCCC